UCACUUGCUUCCCAGAUCAUUUCCUCAGUUUUCACUAAGUCUGUAUCCAGCUCUCCUCCAAGUCAAAGUCAACAUGUUUUUCUCUGCCUUGUUUUCAGCAACCACCUGGACUUUGCUUGCUCUGUUUUUCACCCUGCUGUUACUGUAUGGCAUUUGGCCAUAUAGGUUUUUCAAAAAGCUGGGAAUAUCUGGGCCAACACCCCUUCCUUUCAUAGGAACACUGCUAAACUUCAAAAAGGGAUUUCUUCGUUUUGACCGUGAAUGCCAAGCCAAGUAUGGGGACGUGUGGGGGUUGUUUGAUGGACGAUUGCCGCUUUUAAUGGUGGCGGACCCGGAGAUUAUUAAAACUGUGAUGGUCAAGGAGUGCUACUCUGUGUUUACCAACCGCAGGGACACUAUUGAAGCAGGACCUUUGGCUGAUUCAGUUUCAGCCGUUAAAGAUGAAAGAUGGAAAAGAUUACGUAGCACUUUGUCACCGUGCUUCACCAGUGGACGAUUGAAACAGGUUUUUCCCAUUGUUGCUCGCUAUGCAGACCGAUUGGUUGAAAAACUUGGGCGAACAAAUUUGGAUGAACCCCUCAGUGUCAAACAACUGGUGGCGCCUUACAGUUUAGAUGUUGUGACCAGCGCAUCUUUCAGUGUUGAGGCAAACUCCAUCAACGAUCCAGAUGACCCCUUCAAUGUUCACAUCAAGAACGUUAUUAACUUAAGAUUUUGGCUUUUCUUUGCAAUAAUGAUGUUUCCAUUUGGUGCCCGUCUGAUGAAGCUGCUGGAUAUUGACAUCAUGCCCAGAUCCAGUGUGGAUUACCUCUACAACGUCAUCAAGAAAUUUAAAGAUGAGCACCAAGGAGAAGAAUCUGUGCAAGCUGACUUCCUGCAGGUGAUGGUUCAGAACGAGAUACCAGAAACGGACAUAAAGAGCGAACACGACCAGCCAAGCAAAGGUUUGACUGAGCGUGAGAUCCUCGCCCAAGCCCUCAUGUUUAUCUUUGGUGGCUAUGACACCACCAGCACCACUCUUACUAACAUUCUUUACAAUCUGGCCAUCAACCCUGACGCAUUGCAGAAGUUGCACGAAGAAAUUGAUGCCAACCUACCGAAAGAUGCUCCCGUUUCAUAUGACGACGUGGUCGGUCUCGAGUACCUGGACCAGGUUAUUUGUGAGUCACAGCGUUUGCUUCCCAUUGCACCUCGCCUUGAUAGGAUGUGCAAGAAAACUGUCCAGGUACACGGCCUCACCAUCCCUGAAGGAACCCUGGUUGGGAUUCCUGUACAAAUGUUACACAUGGACCCACGCUUUUGGAGCUCACCUGAGCUUUUCAGGCCAGAGAGGUUCAGUAAAGACAGUGGGGAGGAGGUGAACCCCUACACCUACAUGCCGUUUGGGCUCGGCCCUCGUAACUGCAUUGGGAUGCGCUACGCUGUUCUCACCUUGAAGAUGGUUAUCAUCCGUCUCCUGCAGAGUUACACUGUGGAAACAUGCAAAGACACCGUGAUCCCGCUGGAGUUUGACUGGAAGUUCCAGCCGAACACGCCAAUAAAACUCCAGUUUGUUCGCAGACAACAGUAGUCCAAAGGGAGCAUCUCCAAAUAUACCUUGCUUUUGAAUUCCUAUAAACUUUGUACAUUUUGUGUUUAUACUAUGAAACUCAUACUCAGCACUUAGUUCAACACACCUUGAACAUCUGAUUGUUCUUGAUGAAUCAAAUUCAUUCAUUAAUUUUCCAUCAUUGCUUAUCCUGUUGGCGGUCGCACAGUGGCUGCAGCCUAUCCCAGCUGACAAUGGGUGAGAGGCGGGGUUCACCCCGGACAGGUCCCCAGACUAUCACAGGGCCGACACAUAGAGACAGACAACCAUUGACACUCACAUUCACACCUAUGGCCAAUUUAGAGUCACUAAUUAACCUGCAUGUCUUUGGACUGUGGGAGAAAGCUGGAACACCCGGAGAAAACCCACGCUGACAUUGGGGGGCGCGUGCAGGCUCUGAACAGAGAGGCUCCUCCUCCCUGGGUUCGAGCCAGGAAUCUUCUAGCUGUGAGGCAACAAUGCUAUCCACUUCAUCACUGUGCCACCCCCACUGUGCUGCCUUGUAUCAUAAUGUAAAGAGCAUUUUCUUAUCUUUUGAUAAGUUAAGUACUCACCUAUUGUAUUUCCUACAAGACUCAUUUACAACUGAAACAAGAGACAUUUUUGUAAGUGGCAGAUUUAAUCUCUUAAGUAUUUUUAGAUGUUUAAGACAAAACAUAAACACCAUAGAGAACACUGUGCGGGGGCACACCAGAUAAGUAUUCAUGAGUCAACCUGUUAAAUGUCCUUUUAUUGGCCAGACUUUAACGGUGAAGCUGCGUCCAUGUCUUCUGAAACAAAGACAGUGCAUUUCUGAGGAAUAUUGCUCCUCCAGACCUUAGAGAAAAAGUCAUCUUUUCCAUUAUAAAGAUCUCCUUGAUUAUGUCCAUCCAUUGUUUAAGGCCUGAAGUGUCCGAUUGGUACCAGUUCUUCGCAAUCGCUUUCUUGCUGCCAAUAAACAGUAUUUUACACAAAUACCAA